AAAUAUUUUUUUUAAAGGAAAAAGGGAAAAUGAAUAAUCUCCGCGUCGUUCAUUUCUUUGUUGAAUUUUAAGAGAGAACAGUCCGAGAAUUCUCUGAUCCUCUUAGGUCCUCAUCGAUUCAAUUCAGCAAUAUUUUCAUUAAUCAAAUAUUUUAGAGAUUUUUUUCCCUUUUAUUCCUGCAAAUUGCUUCAAUGGCUUCAAGUUCUCACAGAAGCGGUGAUUUCUACGGUGCCGCGCCGUAUCGAUCAAGAGAAGGAUUAAGCACGAGACAGGUAGGCGGUUCGGAUGAAAUACAGUUGCGUAUUGAUCCGAUGCAUGGAGAUUUGGAUGACGAGAUCACUGGUCUUCGCAAGCAAGUUAAACAGCUUAAAAAUGUUGCUCAGGAGAUUGAAUCAGAAGCCAAAUUCCAGAAUGACUUUGUUAGCCAGCUGCAAAUGACAUUGAUCAAAGCCCAAGCUGGAGUGAAGAACAAUAUGAGGCGGCUGAACAGGAGUAUUAUCGCGGAAGGAUCAAACCAUGUUAUGCAUGUGGUUCUUUUUGCGCUGCUAUGUUUCUUUGUCAUCUACUUAUUGGCCAAGUUCUCACGGCGAUAGUGGGUGUCUCAUAUUCUCUCUUGUACCACUUUUGUAUUGCUCUGUUUGAAGUUUGUCUGAAUUUUUAUCUAAAAGCUGGCUUAGACUUCAGAUGGAGCCAUGGAGAGGCUAAAGGAUGCUCCCUGCACACCAACUUGCACAAUUUUGUUUAAAGCCCCACUUUUGCCAGAGAUUGUUGCUGACUGAGCAGAAACGUAUGUACUUAAGACAAAUAUUUGAAUUCUGUGAUCUGUACAUAUUAUUGGGUGAGGAACUUACAACUUUGGAUUGCAAAGAAUUGAACUUUUAAGCUUUCAGACAUGAACUGUGGAAGAAGAAAGGGUGUGCAGUGUAUUCAACUUUUUAUGUUCAAGCCCGAAGAUAUAUUUAUUUUUAACCUAUCUGCAUUUUA